ACGCAACCGGGGAGUUAGUUUGUUCGGCGACACACAACGGACACCAACAUCGACCAAAUGUUAGUUGGCGUUUCCUAUGGCGUGCUUAUAUUUUAUUUAAUAUCGCAACGCAAACGUUUGUUGAAGAUAAAAACGGGCGCAAGUUAUUGAAAGAAUGCGGCAUAGAAAAUGCACAAACACUCAAGUUUUAUAAACGGGACAAAUAUUUCGGAAAGAAACGUCAGUGAUUGAAUAAGUUUUAAUAUUUAAUUAAAUAAAUAAAAUAAUUUAUUAUAAAUUAAACAAAAAACCAAUGUUUUUUAAAGAUUCACUAAAAUCUAAGAAAUUUAUUAAUAAUAAUCAUCAUUCCAUGUGCCAAUUAAUUAUAAUUUUAUUAAAAACCAAAACUAAAAAAAGAAAAGAACCUCUACAACUAUUUAAACGAAAAAUCAAUUAUAACCAACAACGAGAUUUAAACGACAUUCCGUUCACUUUUAAGCCCAGAUGAUAUACGACGGAUAAUGACGAUUUUCAAUAAACAGUCAUAUUUACCUUCAGCCACUACAAUCAAUUUUAAGUCUAGCACAGCAGCUUAUAAUAAACUUUUAGCAACUGCUUCGUUUUAUACCGCUACCAACGGCGACCGCCUCACCUCCUCAACAUUGUCGUCAUCUCUAACGUCGGCAGCAUCUGCGUCUUCGCCAUCAACAUCAACAUCGUCGCCAACAAGAAAAAUGUUCUUUAUUUGUCAAUCAUUGUUAAUUUCUUUGGUUGUUUUAUUCUUUUUGUGUGCUUUACAAAUUGACCUCAUUCGUGGAGCAUUCGAAGAUGGCAACAACAACAAUGUUAAGAUCACUAAACACAGUUUGGAAUUAACACAAACCCUCAACAUGCAGAGACAGGAGUAUUUGCAAAAACAAUGCAAUACUCUGGGCUAUAGUAUGCUGGACAUAAACGAUCUAACCGAUGAACAAAUGGAUCAUAUGAUUGUUGAUCAAGAGCAUAAACUGCUAUAUUGUUAUGUGCCAAAGGUAGCCUGUACAAAUUGGAAACGUGUUUUGAUGAUACUUAAUGGCAGCUGGAGAAAUGGCACCGAUCCUUUGCAAAUACCUGGCUCUUUGGCUCACUCAACGGGCAUGUUUGAUAAAUUUAGUUCAUUAAAUGAAACGGAAAAACAAGAAGUUCUUUCGGAUUAUACCAGAUUUGUAUUUGUAAGACAUCCUUUUGAAAGAUUAUUAUCGGCUUAUCGCAAUAAAUUGGAGGGUGAUACCGCCAGUGCUCGUUAUUUCCAGAGAAGAGUAGGAAAACAAAUUGUUAAAGCAUUUCGUGUAGAUGCUAGCAAUCAUUCUUUGGAAUUUGGAAAUGAUGUAUCAUUUGCAGAAUUUGUACAAUAUCUGCUAACGCCAGAAGUUAGUUUAAGUAAUCAAUCAUCAUACAAUGAACAUUGGGAACCCAUUUCGAAACUAUGUAAUCCUUGUGUCAUGAAAUAUAAUGUAAUAGGCAAAUAUGAAACCUUAUUGGAUGAUUCUGCAUUGGCUCUCUACUUAACCGGUGCCGAGAAUAUGACAUUCCCCACCGGCCAUAAACCCUCGAAUACUCGUGCUCAUUUACGAGAAUAUUUUGAUCCUCUACCCAUAAGUGCCAUUCGUCAUUUGUACGAAGUUUACGCCGAUGAUUUUAAAUUAUUCGAUUAUGGUCUAGAUGAUGUUUUAGGUUUCGAAUUUGGUUAAUGAAAGCUCUAACUGUUAAUCAUAGUGUUUAAUUGAAAUUUAAUGAAAUUAUUUUAUAUUUAAGGUUUAUUUUCUUUCAAGUACAUUCAAGUUUAUUGCUAAUGAUAAGUUUUUAAAUUAUUUAUACAUGACACUUUUUCCUAAUUUCAUUUCUUAUUGUUUUAGUAAGUUUGUGAUGUAUUGUUAGUGCUUUAUUUUAAAAUUAAUUGUAAGUGUUUAUUUUCUUAAUUGUAAUAAUUUGUAAAAUUUAAUGUAUAUUUUGUUAAUUUAAGUAUAGGGUAAAGCAAUAAAAAAAGUUUUGUAUCAUGA